AUGGACUCCACCGAGUCGUCGCCCCCAACCGUAGAUUCUUCGCGUACCAAGACUCCCUCACGAACGCCUGCCGCAGCCCGAACCCCAAAUCCCCGUCGCGCCGUCAGCGCCGAUCCGCCCUCGUCACGUCGCUCUGUCCUUCAUACGCCGCUCGACCGUACCGCCUCCCGGGAACUUCUCAACUCCGUCCGACGCGGCGUCUCAGCAUCCGGCGGUCAUCGCAACAAUGCCCCGACGCCUCACGCCAAAGCCGCGCGCCAGGCCCUCCAUCAGCGCCGCAAUGCCCUUCUCACCCCGGGCAAGAUGAAGCGCCAAAGCCUGGUAGACCAGAGGGAAACCCCGAUGGGUCUCUUGGGACGUCUGGCUGGCGUGCUGGCCCCCGGCAGCAAGCCCAUAGUGUCGUCGUCCCCGCCGCAGGACAAGCGCUCGAGCUUCGCGCCAAUCCAAGAGGAAGAUGAUGACGAGGCCGACUUGCCCCGACCGCGUCUGUCGCUGCCAAUUGACCAGGAGGAGGAUGAAUCUGACUUGGUGCCACCGCGUUCCUCGGGCUUGGAAUCACAACACACAGAAAACACCCUCCCAGUUGUCGAAAAGCCUCGACGGGUGUAUGGCGAGCAGCCGAGCAGACUUUCCGCGCCAGACUUUGGCGCCGGCUUCGACAGUGAUGCCUUUGAUCCCAACGAGGUCACCACGGACAUGGGGAGAGUAUCGGAUUUCUUCCCUGGGACGUUGUUGGACAAUUUACGGGCUCAGGCGAUUGCGGGUGGCAAUCAAACAAUCAAUCGGAUCGACGAUGAGUCGAGGCGAAAUACAAUCAACAGGCGCGACAGUGAAUUCGGACUGCAAAUACCACCCGGCGCGGACGAAACGACCUUUAUGAUGUCGGAGCCGCCAGCAGAUGGCGGUGAUACGUCUCCGCUCGUGCGUGAAGCAUCCAUAGCUGGGACAGCGGCGAACCACGCCGCCAAUCAGGCUGGCAUCGGGGACGUCACGCUGACAGGACCCUCCGGUCCAGACGUCGACGACGACAAGAUGGUGGACAUUUACAAUGACCCUGAUCCGGUCCCAAUCACACAGGCGGAGCCGAGACGUGCGGAGGACAAUGAUGACGAGGACGAACUCGAGCCAUACGCGGAGGAAAUCGAGGACCGAUCUGCGGAUGAGGAGGGACCAGCCGAAGCGUCGUCGGUGGCAAACCCGCCGAGGGGGCUGUCAAAACCCAAAAAACGCCAACGGAGAGUGUCAAGGCAUGGCGUAGAAUACCCGGCGCUGCCGCCGACGUUUGUCAAAAGAGUAGCCCAGACAGCCCUCCAGUCCUCGGGGCUCAGUAACCCACGGAUAUCGGCCGAUACGCUGACGGCGCUGACCCAAGCGUCGGAGUGGUUCUUUGAGCAACUGGGGGAUGAUUUGGGUGCCUAUGCGAACCACGCAAAACGCAAGACCAUCGAGGAGAGCGACAUGGAUUACUUCUGA